CAGCUUCAGUCUUUCUCGUUCCUACAGACAGCCAAGACGCGGUUUUAAAACGAAUCAAGCCGAGAAGAGGUUCUGAAAAAUAUUUCUCGUAGAUAUUAUUUAACGACGUGAGCAUUCGCCCUAACGUCGAACCGAGUUCGUGAGUAGAGUUGCUUCGAUUCUCGAGGAAUGAUGCAGCGUCCGAUCGGGUCGCGAAAAUCGUGAGAAUCGCGCGAAUUUUAUAUAAUUCUUUCUUGAAGUGGAUAGAGAGAAGACCGUCGUCUCAACGUAGGAGAAUUCCAGUGAUCAUGAGGGUUUUAAGCACCGUAAUAAUUUUCAUCAGUAUCGAUAUUCUUCUACCUGCGACAGACGGAGUCGAAGAUCGAGGCGAGGACGGAUCGAAGAUCGCUAAAAGGACUAAGCCUCUCGACCCGGAGGAGGAUGAUUAUUAUUACGACGAUGUAGACGAGCGGAACAAUCCAACGAAUGGAGCGCCAGUCGCGCCCCCAGGAUUUCUGAGUCCUUCGGUGAGGGAGUACCUGGACCUUGGUAAAUCUAUUCCCGGAAGGCCAGGAACGGAUUACCCAGUCUUAGGAACAGUGCCAUACACGAAUUUCUACUGCGACGAUCAGGCCUACCCCGGUUUUUUCGCCGACGUUGAGACAAGGUGCCAAGGGUGGCAUUACUGCGACAUUGACGGAAGGCAGGCGAGCUUUCUCUGUCCAAAUGGGACUCAAUUCAGCCAGGCGGUGUUCGUGUGCGAUUGGUGGUUCAACGUGAGGUGCGAACUCAGCCCCAAGCUCUACGCCAUAAACAGUCGCCUUUACCAAAGGCCGACGGAAAGCCCGACGAGGCCACAUCGUGUCAUAACCAAGGAGUUGCUGGAAAACAUCUUUGUCAAGCGAAAAUGAGAGGAAGAUGAAGA